AGCUGAGUGAGGAGGGGCCGUCGGCCGGUGAGGGCCAGGGCCAGGGCUCCCUCAUGGUGCUGGCCCAGAACUGCGCGGUGAUGCACAACCUCCUCGGCCCGGCCUGCAUCUUCCUGAGGAAGGGAUUCGCGGAAAACAGGCAGCCGGACAGAGAGCUGCGUCCAGAAGAAAUUGAUGAGCUGAGAGAAGCCUUCAAAGAGUUUGACCGAGACCGAGACGGCUACAUCAACUGCCGAGACCUGGGCAACUGCAUGCGGACCAUGGGUUACAUGCCCACCGAGAUGGAGCUGAUCGAACUGUCGCAGCAGAUCAACAUGAACUGUGAGUGGCAACCACCCACCUGCCUGCUGCCGGGAC